UUUAAUGAGGUGAUUUGAAAAAUAAAGCAUCAUUAAAGUAUUUAUGAAAUUUAGAUAACAUAAUCUAUGAAAUUUGUUUUUUAAAUAAAUAUUUAUAUACAUAAGAUAUUUAAAUGGUGCUUGGCACAUACUGACCUCUCGGUAAUUAUUACUCAGUACUGUAUAAUACUUGACACACAAAAUGUAUUCUAUGUAUUUACUUCUAGGUGAAUAAUCAUGGACAGUACACAUGAAUACUUAUUUAAAUUUAAAGGAUAUAAUUUUGAGAAAUCUUUGGUGAACAUUGAGCAUUUAGAAACGAUGGAAGAUUUUGAAAUUAGAGAUGAUGAUCUCUUCCUAGUCACAUAUCCGAAAUCUGGCACCAUCUGGUCUCAGCAGAUCCUCAGCUUGAUUUGUUUUGAGGGCCACCGAAACAGGACUGAAAAUGUGCCAACAGUGGACAGAGCACCGUUCUUUGAGUACAAUAUUCACAAUUUAGACUAUGUCAAAAUGCCAUCACCACGUAUCUUCACUUCCCACCUUGCAUAUUACUUAGUACCAAAAGGUCUCAAGAAGAAAAAGGCUAAAAUUCUUUAUGUUUACAGAAAUCCCAAAGAUGUUUUGAUCUCGUAUUUUCAUUUUUCAAAUUGGAUUGUUUUGUUAGAAGCUACAGAUACCAUAGAACAGUAUCUGGAAAAAUUUCUAGAUGGAAAAGUGCCAGGAAGCUGUUGGUUUGACCACAUCAGAGGCUGGUAUGAACACAGACAUGAUUUCAAUAUUAUGUUCCUGAGCUAUGAAGAUAUGAAGAAGGACCUCAGGAACUCGGUGAUUAAAAUCUGCAGUUUUCUGGAGAAAAAACUGAGUGAAGAGGAUGUGGAUGCUGUUGUGAAACAAGCUACGUUUCAGAACAUGAAAUCUGACCCACGAGCAAAUUAUGAAGAUAUUAUAAAUAGUGAAUACAGCGUGAGAAACAAAGGCUAUUUCAUGCGCAAAGGUACCAUUGGAGACUGGAAACAUCAUUUAACUGUGCAUCAGAAUGAAAGAUUUGACAUGAUAUUCAAGAGGAACAUGAAAAAUUUUCCCUUGAAGUUUGUCUGGGAUGUAAAUGAAGAAUAGAAUUCUAAUGUUAGUAUAAAAGAAACAUAAAAGUCAAUUAAGCAGAAGGCAUACUUUUAUAUCAAUAUUGAUAUGUUUCUGUAUCUUAAUCAUUAAAUGCCAAACUUUAUUAAGGAACAAAAUGAGUAAACUAUGCCUGGAUAAAUUGCAAUAAGUUUAAUGAAUGAUUUCAAAUUUCAAAAUUAAAUUAGUUUGGUUCUAGUUAGCAUUGGUACUGUGCACUAAAAGCAUAAAAGA